AACAUAAAUGAAAUUGUUUGUCAUAGAGACGUCACACAGACAAGUAGUUUUUGUACUGACUUUGUUUUCAUUUUAACUAUGUCCUUUGGUGUUGGCAUUUAAAAAAAGAAUUGCGCUGAUCGGACAAUGUCUAAUCAAAAUCUGUUAGAGGUAGACUCUGGUGAACAGAUUCUGGAAGGUUUCCUCUGUCCAAUAUGUAAAGUCGAUUUAAAAACACCGGACCUACUCACAACCCAUGUUGAAAAUAGCCAUUCCGAGGAUCAGGAUCUGUUGAAGUCGUUCAAAGACAUUUUUCUCACUGCGACGAAAAAGAUCCGCCGAUUCGAUGAGUCCAUUGAUAUUGGUCAAACGAUUGACAAUACAAUUAAAUCAACGUUUCCACAACAACAACAGAAAUUCACGCCCAUCUAUCGUUCGACCCGCAUACAGGAGGUCGGCACGGACUUGAGUCAUUUCUCAUACUUUAAAUCAAUUCGUAUGGUCCGCUUGGAGCGUUAUGCAACCGAAACAAAUAAAUUAAUCAUUCGACUUCACAAGCUACUAACCGAUCGACCCAGCGAUGCUAUGCAACAGAAAAUACACGAGCAAACGCUAGUUCCGUGGCUAGAUGGUACAUCUGUAAAAUUGUGUCCGAAUUGCGCUAAAAAAUUCAAUAUAACGAGAAGACAGCACCAUUGCAGACUGUGUGGGUCAAUUAUGUGCCACGACUGCUCUCGAUAUUUAGCCAUCAAAGAUGCCUUUGGUUUAGUGAAUCCUACGGUGUCCACGCCAACCGAUCAGUAUGAAUUCCAUGAUGAUGACUCGUUGCGGAUAUGCGAGCAUUGCUUAAGCUUAUUGGAAAAUCGAAAAGACAUGCAAGACAGCCAAUUGUAUCGGCCGGCCAUUUCCGUGUAUUAUGAGAAAAUCGUUCAAUUAAAGAAAGACAUUGGUCCCGAUCUAGUGAUGUACUCGAAAAUGAUAACGAGUCUGUACGAUGGCGAUUCGAUAUUUACAUUAGCUGAUGCUAGUGCUUUGCGCGGUAAAAUCGGAUUGGUGGCCGAGAAAAUUGACGCAUUUAGCAAAGCUGUACUGAGUUUAGACUACGCACAUGGAAGUCGUGAAGAAAGUCUGAAAAAAUCCAUACGAUUGGCUUGUAUCAAAUACAUUAAGGAUGAGAUGUUGGCUCUGGAAGCCUUGCCGCAAGAGGCUGAAAUCAAAGAAUUGCAACGCAAAAGGAAAAUGGAAACAGAACAGAAAAUCGAAAUGGAACGACGUCUGGCCAUGCAGGCCAUGGAACGUGCAGAUGGUGCCGGUAAUAUACGUGAUGGUCGGGAUAUUGGAGGUGCAAUUAGUAAAGGGAAAGCUGCGUCUGGAUCGGCCGUUACUUUAAUAGAUAAUUGGUCUGGUCGUCAAGCCGAUACUCGUACUAUGACAACAAACGAUCCGUUAAUCGAACAAAUUAACAUUAUCAAAGGAUACAUCAAACAGGCCAGAGAUGCGUUACGGUUCGAGGAAGUGGCUAUAUUGGAAUUGAAUCUUAGAGAACUGCAACAAGAGUUUUACAACCGACAGCAACUGUAAGGAGACACAAGUGAUAAACUUGCAUUUUUUUUGUUGCAAAAUUAACUUUUAAUAAAUUCUUCAUGGAUUAUAGAGCACUAGAUGCUCUGGCUACACUGUUACAAUAUUGCAA